AUGGCAUCACUUAGCUUACAUCUCUUAACAAUUUUACUUGGAGCUUUCUUUAUUUUUUUGGGUCAUCUUCAUUUAACACCACAAUUCUUUCCUGAAUAUCAUAAUCAAAUCAAAAAUGAAUUUGGAAAAUUUAAUAAAGAAUUUCCACUCCAUCGUCAAACUAAUUGGCGUCCAUAUGCAAAAAAUUAUCGUUUAGCUACUGGUAUAACUGAAGUUGUUUGUGGUGCUUUAUUACUUCUUGGAUUCUCACAAACAUUAGCAACUAUUGUUUUAUUAAUGAUAAUGACAAAUGCAACUAUUACAUUUCAAAAAUUAAAUUAUCGCAUCGAAUAUAUUGGUGCAGCAAUUUUCAUCUCUUUUCUACUUGUAGUACGACUUGUUUUAGUAUCAAAAUCAAAAGUUAAACACGCAGUUAAAGCUACUAAAGAGAAAAUUGAGAAAAAAGUUAAAUAA